AUGUUGACGACCUUUUCGCAGUUGGAGCCGAUGCAAGAAUGUGUGAAGGCCAAGUACCGAUGCACGAUUUCCUUCUUGAAGCAGCCUGGUGAUGAGAUCAACUUCUUGAAGAGGAAGCGCAAGUGGGCAUUGAAUGACGUGCUAGCCAUCAUGCCCACCCCGAAGCAUGUAGAAGGUCUUGCUGUGUUGCUUGGUGUUUGUGCGCAACGUCCUAAGGACAGUCCCUUGCCCGCAGGCGGAACCCUUCCGCUGUGGACACAGCUUGCACCCCUUGACGAUGUCAGGUCAGGGAUCUACAGAAAGUGCAUCGGGGUACUUCUGUAUGUGUCCAGCGAUUAUCCUGCAGCCCAGUUUGGCAUAAAGACGCUAAGCAGCAUGUGCGGGAAGCCAAACGAAGAUGCAUGGCGAUGCCUCAGGCAUCUGGUGAACUAUAUGUUCUUUCACGAGAAUCACAUCACUUGCCUUCGGACUGAGGGUAAAGGCACUGGCCUAGUCGUCCGUCAUGACACUCACACUUUAGAGGUGUUCGCUGAUGCUGAUUGGUCAGGGAACCGAUCGACAAGAAAGAGCACCAGUGCAGGAUGCAUUGCCUUUGACGGCAUGGUUGUUCACACGUUUUCAAGAAGCCAAAGCUGCGUAAGCCUAAGCAGUGGUGAAAGUGAAUAUAUUGCAUGCGUGAGCGCAACAUGCGACGGCAUCUUCCUUCGUAGCGCCCUUCAACACAUCUUACGCACCGAUGUGUCCAUGCAUUUGUUCACAGAUUCAAGUGCAGCUCGCGGCAUUUUGGGCAGACAGGGAUGUGGACGUCUCCGUCACAUUUCUGGUCGCCUGUUAUGGCUACAGGACUUCCUGUUCAAAUGGAAGAAAGCAUCGCUCCACGCGGUGCCGACCUUGACAAAUCCAGCUGACUUGUUUACAAAGUCUUUGUCAGGGGCCCGUGUCCGCACUUUGAGCCACAUCCUUGGGAUCCGUGAUUCGCAUGACGGAUUUUCUCUUGUUGAGACGACUGAGUUUGAGGAGCGGCAGCGACGUGAGCAGGCAAAGAAGUUUCUUCGUGCUGUGAGGAGCGCAGGUCGUGGAAAUGCCGAGGCGUUGCAAUUGCUUGCAUUGUUGGUCCAGGUCAUGGGCAACAAGGCUACGGAUGUUGAAGAUUCGAGCCCGUGGAUCAGCUUUGUCUUUGUCGUCGUAGCAACAGUGUGCAUUGCGUUCCUGCUUGGCCGUGCCAGUGUCAACUUGAACUUUGCAUCCCUUCUGGAGUGGCUUAGGUUUGAAGCAACAGAGGCUCAGCAGCCAUUGCUAGCCGAAGCACCUGCUCUUGCAGAAAACCUUGAUGUGCUUUCUGACGAUAGCCGUGAAAGUCUUGGUUUACAGCGUUACUCACCGCGAACUCGUGCAGAGAUCCUCGGUCGGUCACCGCCUGUGACACCGAGUGAAUCUGAAUUUGAAUCUGAGCAGCCAGACUCAGAGCCGGUUGGUGACGCCGCAACUAUUCCUGUGAUUCCAGCUGGUCAGACAGCUAACAUGCAGCAGCCUGCAUUGCUGCAGGAUGAUGACAUCCUUCGGGUGAGGGAAGAUGCUGAUGUAUGGAUUGCCUCAAGAAGUGGAAUCCGCUUUCAUCUUCUUAGUGAGUGCGAUGGUCUUAGAAGGGCCCGUCAGGUUCGUAGUUUCCUGGUCAGUAUGACAUGUGUUACUCGUGCCAGUUGUGGACUCGAGAGCUUGCGCGUCGCCAGCACAUUGCACGAUUGGCCACCAUGUACCACAUUCUGCAUGUGCAUGGCCAACAACUGCCAAAUCCCAUGCUUCAGAUCCUUCCAGAGCCCGAGCCGCAUGAUGAUACGUAAAUGA